GUCAUUAUGUCGUUACGAGUGUCAUUGGUGCAGGUUUAUCUUUAGAGGACAGUCCAAAAAUUAUAUUCUUUCAUUUCGAAUGCAAACGCAGCAGUAGGCACAAACUGGAAUCUGCUGAAUACUAUUUUCUCAACAGUCUAUGUGAUCAGUGCUGUGAUUUAUUAAUCUUUCAAAGUCUUAACUACACAAAAUUGGCAAAAGUUGAGUCAACUGAAAACCAAAUUUCUACUUACAUUUUCGAAAUGUCGAAUCGACUUGGAAUAGACGACGAGAAAUACUGGAACGACUCUAAAAUCAAAGGCUUUGGUUUUGGCGAAGAUACAGAGUCCAUCGAAGAGGACAACAUAUUUUACGGUGUUAGUCAAGAACGCGACGCAGCGACGAAGGUGGGUCAGGAUCUCAGGGCAGAAGUGAGUUCUUUGAGUUCCUUUGUCUCGGAUGAAUCCUCGGAAGAAAUUCACGAAAGUUUCCAACGGCUCCGAGACCUCCCACCAUUCCUGUGGAAUUCUGGCCCCUUGGAACUAGAACUGGAUCGACCUGUUUCUGGUGCUUUAAAUCCUGAGGCAUAUAUGCACCGUGAACAAGGUGACACGAGGCCUCUUCACCUCCCUAGUAUGGACGAGACCAUUCACCAAUUACUAAAUAGUAACGAACAUGUAUUGUUGGAACAUUAUCAAAGUCUCAGCCAGAAGAAACAAUUAUUAACCAGGGCUAUUGAAAUUCAUGAUGGGAAUGCCAUUUUGGCUGUGACAUUGUUCUUAUACAAAACCUUAAAGCACAGUAUUUUUAGACAAAUGCUUAUUGAACACAAAGCAGCUGCGAAUCAUUAUGUAAGAUAUUUGGAAACAAAAAAUGAAGUUAAUCAUCUCGUCGAUCUUCUCAACAUGCUGGGCAGGACAAAGGAAGCCAUGUUGAUUCGAUAUAAGCACAUUUUAAGACGGGAAAACAAUUUGCAAAACUUUUUGAAGGAAAUGGAACAUUUUUAUCAUUCAGAGUGUCAACUGAGCAAUGAAGAAGUGGCGUUACUAUUUAAUCAACAUCUACAACUGCUUUAUAUAUAUAAGGAGAUCAAGGAGAAAACUUCAUUUAUUCACACGGAUAAUUCAUCAGUACUGAAAACGCUCAACUUUGUAGCAGAAAAUUUUUAUGAAAAUACAAACCCUCCGUUAACCGCUGACAAUAUCAAACAAAAAUUCAAUCUAAAUGUCAAGCAAUACAAUUGGGUUGUUCUCAAAGCUUUAGUUGUACAACAAAAGUGGCCACAAAUCGAAGCACUUUUACUGACAAAAACUUGGUUAGGCAGUUCAAAGGACAGAUGCUUGUUGCCCCUCGAAGAAGUUUGCAAUACAUUGAAGGACGGGGACGCUCCCAUAGACUUGGUUGCCAGAUUUGUAAGACUAAUUGACGACACUGAAAAGAAGUUGGUCAUUGCCCGUAAACUAAAUUGUCAUAGUGUUGUUAUUGAUGUUUACGCUGCCCAAAAAGACAGAGCCGCAAUUUUAACUUACAAAUCUAAUUUGGAAGACAAUUCUAAAGAAUUUGUGUAUGCUGAAACCAUAUUAAAACAUAAUGCAAUAAAAUGGAAAAAUUGACUGGUGCCUUAAUCGUUAUCACAUCAAAAUGUAAUAUUGUUAAUUCUGUGAUCAAACUAUUGACUGAAGUAGAAUGACUAUGAUGAGGUUUUUUAAUGAAUAUUUUUAUUGGUGACCAAGUAUGUUAACUAAAUGUUAAUUAUAAUAAAAUAUAUUUCUGCACAUAUUUUUUUAAUUAAAAAGGCUUAAAACGACACGACACACAAAUUUAAUAACAGUUUUCGGAUAUUUUUUAUGUUCGAAAAUCACAAACAGAAUUGAGCGCGCUAGUGAGUGGCUAUCAAUAACAAUUUGUAAUGAAUUGAUCUCGGUUCACAUUUGAAUAAAGGAUUAACAAAAAUUGA